CCCAUCAGCCUCAGCCUGUCCUGAGCUCCAGCAACUUCUCAGUUAGACACCGCCGGCACUAACACUUGCACCAUGUCUGUUAGAACAACCAAAAUGACCUACCGCACCAGCAGCGCUGCCCCCCGCUCCGGCGGCUUCAGCAGCUUCUCGUACAGCGGCGCCCCCAUGGCGAGUAGAGCCAGCACCGCUUCUUUCAGCCUGGGGUCCAGCUAUGGAGGAGCCUCCAGGUUCGGGAGCGGCUACAGGAGCGGUUUUGGGGGCGCAGGUGUGGGAUCUGCGGGAAUCACAUCGGUCAGCGUCAACCAGAGUCUCCUGGCACCCCUCAACCUCGAGAUCGACCCUUCCAUCCAGCAAGUGAGAACCGAGGAGAAGGAGCAGAUCAAGACUCUCAACAACAAGUUUGCCUCUUUCAUUGACAAGGUGCGUUUCCUGGAACAGCAGAACAAGAUGCUGGAAACCAAGUGGAGCCUCCUGCAGAACCAGAAGACCACACGCAGCAACAUGGACUCCAUGUUUGAGGCCUACAUCGGCAACCUGCGCCGCCAACUGGAUGGCCUGGGACAGGACAAGAUGCGCCUGGAGUCUGAGCUGGGAAAUAUGCAGGGCCUGGUGGAGGACUUCAAGAACAAAUAUGAAGAUGAAAUUAACAAACGCACAGAGCUGGAGAAUGAAUUUGUCCUGCUGAAGAAGGACGUGGAUGAGGCGUAUAUGAACAAAGUACAGCUAGAGGCGCGCUUGGAAGCCCUGACAGAUGAGAUUAACUUCUUGCGGCAGCUAUAUGAAGAGGAGCUGCGUGAGAUGCAAUCCCAGAUUUCCGACACUUCAGUUGUCCUGUCCAUGGACAACAACCGCACCCUUGACCUUGAUGGCAUCAUUGCUGAGGUCAGAGCUCAGUAUGAGGAUAUUGCCAACAAGAGCCGUUCAGAAGUGGAAAGCAUGUAUCAAGUUAAGUACCAAGAACUACAGGCAUCCGCUGGUCGCCAUGGUGAUGACCUGAAGAACACCAAAGCCGAGAUUAGUGAACUGACCCGUUACACCACAAGGCUCCAGUCUGAAAUUGAUGCUCUCAAAGCACAACGUGCAAACCUUGAGGCACAGAUUGCCGAGGCUGAGGAACGUGGAGAGCUGGCACUGAAGGAUGCCCGGAGCAAGCUCGCUGAGCUGGAGGCUGCUCUGCAGAAGGCCAAGCAGGACAUGGCUCGCCAGAUGCGUGAAUACCAGGAACUGAUGAAUGUGAAACUGGCUCUGGAUAUUGAGAUUGCCACCUACAGGAAGCUGCUGGAAGGAGAAGAGAGCAGACUGGAAUCUGGCUUCCAGAAUCUAAGUAUUCAGACCAAGACUGUGUCAGGUGGAUACGGUGGUGGUGUUUCCAGUGGAUACAGUAGUGGUGUUUCCAGUGGAUACAGUAGUGGUGUUUCCAGUGGAUACAGUAGUGGAGUUUCCAGUGGAUUCGGUGGUGGAUUUGGAGGUGGCUACUCUUACUCCAGCAAUGUGAGCUCUUUACCAUUGGAGACAUCCAAGACAAGCAAGCGUAGCAUUGUAGUGAAGACUGUGGAGACCAAGGAUGGGAGAGUGCUGUCCGAGUCCUCAGAUGUUUUCUCAAAACCAUGAGCGCCUUAACCCUUUCUGUCCCACAGCCUGGACUCUGAAAGAUGAGCCUCCUUUAAGGCAGUAAUCGGGAAGGAUUCUUUGGGUAGAUGUCCUUACACACCAUAGCAAAACCACCUCCGUUCUAAAACUGACAUUUGAUGGUGCUUAAAACAAAACAAAAAAAAUGUAUUUUGAGUCAUGGGUGGAAAUUCUCUUUCUGAUCAUGUCCCAAGUACCUUCACCUGAUUCCCUCCCAGCAGGCUCAACUUGAGGCGAGUUCAGCUAAUUGUGGGCAAAGUUCUUCGAAUACUAUAUUUCUCUCUGGCUUUUUGUGCAAUUGUCAUGCCUUUCAACUUAGUGUUUGCAAGGAAAGUACUACCAUACUAGCAAAACCUAGCACCGUGCCUUAAUGUCCAUCCUUUUGUGGUGGAUUUUGGAAGUGUCUACAUUUCAGCAUUUUUGCAUAACUCUUUUAAAAUAAAGUUUGUCUUGUUUUUGUUUAAAA